AUGGCGCUCGACUUGGAUGCCUGCAUUGAGAAGUUGCUUAACAAGCAGCUCCUAAUCGAUACACUAUUGAAGGAAAUAUGCGAGAAGACUAAGGAGCUGUUGAUGAACGAGAGCAAUGUCGUGCACAUUAGCUCACCAGUGACAGUUGUUGGUGACAUCCAUGGUCAAUUUUACGAUCUUCUAGAGAUCUUUAAGAUCGGUGGCGAUGUACCUAUGACAAACUACCUGUUCUUAGGCGACUAUGUGGACCGUGGCUUAUUUUCCGUCGAAACCAUUUCUUUAUUGACGUGCCUGAAACUGCGGUAUCCUAACCGCGUACAACUUGUGCGUGGGAACCACGAGAGCCGUGCUGUGACACAGACCUAUGGGUUUUAUGCGGAAUGCGCUCGAAAGUAUCCCGACUCAAAUGUCUGGCAAUACUUUACUGACAUGUUUGACUUUCUUACUCUUUCGGUUGUCAUUGAUGAUGAGAUUUUCUGUGUACAUGGUGGCCUUUCUCCUUCUGUUCACUAUAUUGACCAAAUCAAGAUCCUUGAUAGGUUCCGUGAGAUCCCUCAUGAAGGCCCCAUGGCCGACUUAGUAUGGUCCGAUCCUGACCCUGACAAAGAAGAAUUUGCGAUUUCACCACGCGGUGCCGGCUAUACAUUUGGUUCUUCAGUGGUCCGUCAUUUCCUUGAAUCGAACAAGAUGUCCCAUAUCUUGCGUGCACACCAGCUGUGCAUGGAAGGCUAUAAUGUGCUCUACGACAACCAGCUGAGUACAGUUUGGUCCGCACCGAACUACUGCUAUCGCUGUGGUAACCUCGCAUCCAUCUUGGAGGUUAGCCCCGAUGGUACACGUCACUUUAAUACGUUCGAAGCGGCACCAGAGAACGAACACGAUGGCCCCUUGCAGGCGGCCCACGCACGAAAUGAAACCAUUGAAUACUUCCUAUGA